CGUACGUACAAGCUAGUCGAGCACCCCAUCUCCUUACACACCCCCAUUCUCUGAGUCGUGCACCCGCGUCUACAAACAAUUCGUUUGUAUCGAGUACCAGUGUUCUAAGCACCCGUACAUAGUUUCGAGACUACAAGGAGAUUGUAGCAGGUUGUUCGAAAGCAAUAAAGCAAGGACAUCCUUUUUCUUCAAUCCAGGCGCCCUCUGAGUUGGUGACUACGAGCGAUCAGUCCGGGCGCUUUCAGGAGUAGGACAAUGAGCCAUUCGGUGGCUGGCUCCUCCGUGGAUGUUUCGUCCUCGAAUUCGGUGGCUUCUUCAGGUGACGCUUCUCCGACGUCCGGCUCUCGUAUUUUGAAUCAAAGCACUCCUUCCAGCGAUGCUUCUACGGUGGCUUCAGUUCCCUCUGUAGAACCUCAAAAUCCCUUUGAAAUGUCGCUAAACGACACGGCAGUGUCUGCUUCCGGAGCCGCCGAAAAGACUAAUCAAAAUACGUCUUCUCCGGCUCGAAACGGUUCAAAUCCUCCUUCUCCGAUGCAUGCUCAUGCCUCUCACCAGACCACUCGCUCGCAUCCUUCUCCGGUUGGAACUCCGGUUUCGACGACCCCGCUACGCGAACCACAUUCGCCGGGCUAUCAUCAAGCGCAAUCGUCUCCCCCUCACGCCAUCACAGGAGUCGGCAGUUUGACGGUACCCACGUUGUCGCAAUCGGAUCAAGCGCGGUCUCGUAUUCAACAGCAGUUGCCGGGUCAUUUGCAGACUUUUCCUAGCCCUGCUCAGCACGGCGUGCGCGAGCCCGUAUUUGAUGAUGAUGAGAAUACAGAACCGUCGUCCACCAACAAUACUGCUGAUCAGCAGCAUCAGGAGGUUGGGCACGGCUCUUCUUUCAUUCGCUUUCUGGAAAAUACUCGUAAGCGCUUGAGUGUUGCCAACAAGGAUGAAGAUGCAGAAGAUCCUUUGGAAGACGAGGAAGGCUUGGACGGUGCUUUGAUCUAUGGUUAUUUGCAAAAAAUGGGACGCAACGGCAAGUGGCAAACACGCUGGUUUGAAUCGGAUGGCGAGUGUUUGUCGUACUUCAAAAGCAAGAAACGUACAAAAUUACUGGCCACGUUGGAUCUAGAAAAGGUUGGAUCGAUUUGUAUUGAUCCACAAGAUCCACAAGGUUGCUCGUUUACCAUUCAAGUGUUGGGUCGAAUGUAUCAUUUGCGUGCGAACAGCAAAGCCGCGACGAAGGACUGGGUAAUUACACUGAACAGGAUCAAAGAAGCCAAGAUGCAGCAAGGGCAUAUUCAUCUUGUCAACCCUUACGAACAACAGCCGCAGGAUCUCUUGGAUAACCACGAAGAGAUAGUCGCGCCUCGGGUUGUCGUGGUGGCCAAUCGGGAACGGACACGCGCCGUUGCCGAGACCAUCGAUUUUGACCAGCUUAUCCGUGUUGACCAGAAUGGUGAGAAUCGUGAGUUGACCUAUGACAAUUCUAAACGGCGUUCGACCAUUGGAACUGUGGUUUUGGGGCGCUGGACAAAGCGUCGUUCGUCGCUUUCUCGCCUCAGUGCCAAGUUCUCCAAGUGGGCCCGUAGUCUGAAGAAGUACAGCUGUACCGAAUCAGGUACAGAAAAUGUGCAGCUCGAUCGCUACGUUCAUCCUCCUGGUCAUGAUGACAUACCGAAGCGUCGACAGCCAGAUUCUGGUCCAAAGCUCGCUGCGGACGCAGAGUCGAACCCUGUAAGCGUUUCAGGGUGGAUUGGCAAGGAGACGUCCCGGUCAGGACAGGCUGGAAGCGGAUCGGCAGAUGUACCCCAACCAACACGUGCCGUCCGUAGCAUGAGCCAAGCAUCCGACGAUGUUCGCAUGCUAUCGUAGAAGGCCGAUGCGUCCAUGAUAGAGAGGAUUGCAGUGCUGAAGCAGGUCGCACAUUCUGCGAAAAUGCUCUUAUAUGUUUUUUAUAUUUCGUGCGAGAAGAAAAUUGAUAGUGGUAGGGUUGAACGUAUUCAGUUUCUUGGAAUGGCAUAUUUU